GCUGCAGUCUGCUGGGGAGGAAGCAUUAAACACAAAGAUGCAAGACGUCUUAACAAACUGGUGAAAAAGGCUGGCUCUGUGGUAGGACUCAAGCUGGACUCAGUGGAGGAUGUGGUGGAGAGAUCUACACUGAGGAAGGUGGAGACUAUUCUAAAGAACAUGGAUCACCCACUUCACAACACCUUGAUAGACCAAAGGGCAAAUGGUGGUGGACGGCUCCUCUCUCUUCGCUGCAGGACAGACAGAUUCAGAAGAUCUUUUGUACCCACAGCCAUCAGGCUUUAUAACUCUUAUGUAAAUAAAAGAUAACUUUUAGAGACGUAUUAUGUGAGACAACAGACAAUUGAAUUUCCCUUCAGGAAGUUCUUAUCUUAUCUUAGCAAACUACGCUUUCUGAAAGCGCACACCAUUUUGCGCUGUUCCGACUGUACUUGCUUUGUCGAUCAGACGCUUCAAGAAGUGUGACUGUCAGGCCAGCGACUCUACAUCUCGAGGUGAAGUUUUUGUCCUGCACUCCGAGAUGUAGAGCAGGGUGCAGACGUGCCCAGGUGCUGAGACUGAUGCACAGAGUAAACCCUCUUGUCAUCCAGCAUGUUUGAAGGCGCGAGAUGAGGAAAACAAGUACAUGCAUGCACAUGGCGAUAUAUCGUGGCCAGAAGAAUUAUUGAGUUUAUUUUCAUUUAUCGUUUGAUUAAUUGAUUCAUUGAUCAUUGUUCCAGGCCUAAUUAACUGUCUCUCUGUGAGCCUCAUGUUCAUUAUUGCCUUCUGAGGGACAAUGUGAUGAGUGAACAAAGUAAAUUACUCACUUGGCCACAUGUGCUUGAAUAGCAAAACAGUUUUCAUAUGCUUAACAAAUGCAAUGAUAUGACACUGUCAGUAGCUGCAUACAGUCUGAUUUUUGUUGCAGCAAAGUCUGUAUACCACAGAUGUUUAAAUGACAUUUUUAUAGGGAAGAAUAUUUACUUUCUCACUUUCCAUAGAAAAGGUAGGUUCUCAAAACUUCAGUCUUAAAGUCAAAACUUUUUUAUGCAUGCAUCUUUUUGCAAUAUCAAAAAUUAGGGAGAGGCAGGCAUUAAACUUAACAAUCUAAACAAUUGCAUUUCACGUAUGUAAAAUGCUUGCCUGUAUGCAGAGUCACAUUUUCCUGCUUCUGUAAAUACUCACCUCAGCAAAAAAAAGUGUGCUAAAUUGCACCUAAAAUGGUCCUCUGUCUCCGUUUAAGUAACAGUUAAAUUGUUAAAUUACCAACUUAGCGGUUAAUUCAAUAAACGCACCAUUGUGAAAUUUAUAAAACCAUUAUAAUUUUGACCUGCUUUUUGGGAAUUAGUUUAGGUAAUCAGAAAGCAGCAGGCCAGGGUUAUAUGAUACAGGGGUCAUGUAAAUACAUAAACAUGUACAACAUAAUAAAUUUGUUACAAAGAAUGUAAAAAUUACAGUGUAAAGAUUAUGAUGGUAUAUUUAAUACACACAAGAGUCGACUGUUACUUUUUUCCAGGUCUUGACUUUUAUGUUCGACUUUGAACUUAACGAUGUUUAAGAAAAUUUCAACUAAAGAAUUCAUUUGUUCUCAAUGAAUAACAAAUGUAAUAACAUGACAGGGUUACCACUCUUUUUUUCCAGGAUAUUUUCAAUGAUGUUCAAGCUGGUAUGACAGUCUAAAUUUAGUUCCUAAAUAGUCUAGUAUGUCUCUCUCAGUAGAAGUCUAUAUUGAAAGAUGUGCAGUCUAUGGCACAUAAUGAGUCUAUAAACUCAUCUCUUACAUACAUAAAAAUGAUGGCAAAUAGACUAUAGAAUAAUGCAUCCAGAGAUGUACAGUACCUCCAUUUAUUUGUGCAACCAAGUAACAACGAACAUCUCUGACUUCUCUUUCCUCAAAAAUAUAAAAUUUACUAAGUAAAAAACAAAAGAGUUAGCAAAGGAAUCUGGAAGCGGUCUUACUGAAAUAUAUAAAUUCAUAUAUAAUGACAAUCAGAGGAUAAAUUGAAUUAAAGUACAUAAAUUGACCUAAACAGAACUAAAUGACAAAAAUGGCCACGCAUGUUUCUCAACUCAACACAAAAUAUACCUUAUUUAUCAUAAAUAUUCAUUCAGAAAAGUAGUAUAUUAAUUUGCUAUUUGAUUUACAUUUAUGGGUCCUAUUUAUUGUGCAUAUAAAUGCAUUUUUCAUGUUUUAUCUUUUACGAGUUUAUAAACACUGUCGUCAAUUGGUGUUUAUCUAAAGUAUGAAGUAGUUGUAUUUCACUCUCACUUUUGCUGGGCUCAUAGAGGAACACAGACUUGAAAGUGCGACCGCAGCUCAGUUAGCAAGAAAGACAGACAAGAGCAACUUAGUGCAAGCUAAAAUGUCAUCAAUAACAUGACUAAAAACUCUGAAAAAAAUGCACUGGUAUACAAGACGCACUCUGUAUUUGAAGGUUUAAAAAGUUUAAACUGUCCUCUUGCGUGGUGAUGUCUGUUGUGAUCAGAGAUGUCUACAACGUGCAAUCUGUGCAGCUGUGUUGCUCUUUUUGUUCCGUAUGCUUUCACUAUUGGGGGUUUGCACGGCUACUAGCUAUAGAAAGGUAAUUGAGCUCUCAGCCUGCAGGGAAAGUUUGGAGGCACAGACCCCCCAAGCUCUCUGCCCGACCACAGUUGCCAAACUGGGUGGUUUUCUAGUCCCAUUAGAAUAAUUUUCCAGGACAAUGUGUUUGAAUACAUUGGUCAACCAGACUGAAAUGUCAUUCACAUUUCUUCCCUUCAUCUGUUGCUUUCCACUGAUUUUAUACGACUGAUAAAUUGCUUCAUUUUAUGCAGCUAUUUUCUCCAUCAUAAACCACCAGAUACUUCAGACACAACCAUCGAACAAUUUGGCAAGUAGCUGUCUGUGUCAUUUCACUGAUAUCAAAUUGAAGAUACCUGAAAAGAAAACCAUCUUCACAUGAGAGAAACCACCCAAAGCUAGACCAAAGGCAUAACCUUGAAAAUAUGACAUUUCCUUUAUGGGAAAUGACACUGUGGUCAUUAAAAGUGACAAACUAAACCUGGAUUUCUUCAGCAAAAAGUGAUAAUUGAAAACAUUUGUGAGUUCAAUUGAACUUUCAGUAUUUCACACGGCAACAGAAGACAGGAUUUACCGGAAGAGAGCGGAGGAGCUGUGGGAUCUUACCUUUGCAAAAUAAGAAAAAAAGGAAUUUAUUUGUAACUCAGUCAGCCGAUCCUCAUCAGUCUGGGUGAUCACUGACUGCCACACACAACGGAGGGGAAGUCUGGAGACAUACACAAGCCCACACACAUAGAGGAAAGACAAGUUAGAGUCAGUGUCUUCAUUUGGCUUUUUCUUGAUUGGGACAGAUAGAUAUGGUGCUUUGUCUGUGGAGUCACACUGUCCUAGCAUGGUUUUGUCAUGGAGUUUCCCUCUGUGCAGUAAUCUAGCUAUAAGAGUGCCAUCUCUCAAGGUCAUGUCCAGCCCCCUGGUAAUACUUUGAUAUCAUUAAGACAUUAUUUUGUCUAAACUGACUGUAGAUAUACUUCUUAUCUGCAUAAAUUCUUGAAGGAAAAAUAGAAUAAAGUAAGUUGCAAAGCCAUUUAAUUGUAACUGAUGUAAAAGAUUUUGUGUUUAAGCUAACCUUAGACAUUUAUAAUACUUUGAAUGCAGCCUUAUUAUAAAAAUCCUUUAUCACACCAGAAAGUUAGAAGAAUUACAGCCAUUACAUGUUGAAAAUCUACACUACAGAGCGCUUUAAGGUUUAUGAUUAAAAGGUGGCCUUCAUGUACUUUCACAAAUGAAACAAUAGCUUGGUUAGAUCCUGUGUAUCCUUCUACUUUUCUAAAGGUUCAAUGAAGUAUUGGGAAAUUUCAUGUUGCAAUAUUAAUAUGAAACUUUGUGAUCAAUCAAUUUGGUGAACACUUGCAAUAUCACAUAAGCAAUUAGCUCUAAGCAGCUAUUUUCUUUUCUUUGAAACAGAAUGUAUUGACAAACUGCCAGAAGGAAGUAAUUCGGCUAACAGAUAUACAGUGAUGUUAUCCCAAUACAACUGCACUGUCAGUUCACAACAGGCCAUAUUGAACACAUAAAACUGACAUCCAGCUCUUAAGCGUUUUUAAAUAGUGACAAUGAUUUUGACAUCAGAGUUAUUAUUUUGUAUUCACUUAGAAGUCCUGUCUCAUACAUACUGCUGACCAGCCAUCCCUUAUGAGUAAUCUAAUGCAACCCAACACAACAGCUGUACCAUAAAUUCUACUUUCACAAGGCGUCUACACCAUCGGUUUUUGUUGACAUGACCAGACAGUAGGGCCCGACCGAUAUGGAUUUUUUUGGGGCUGAUGCCGAUACGGAUUGUUGGGGGGGUCCGAUUACCGAUUAAUCAGCUGAUUUUUUUUUUACAUUUUUUAUGAAGUUAUGAAAUAUAUAUGCAUAUACUGUAGAUAUUAAUAGUAUACUAUAUACUGUGGAUAUGCUGUAGGCUACUGCUCCUCACGCCAACCAGAAGUCCGACUAAUCAAACUCAGACCAGAAAAGCGUUUUCAACUACCCCCCGCCAAUCGGGGGGUAGUUGAAAACUGGUAGGGCUCGCCGAUAAAUCGGUCUGGCCCUACCAGACCAGAAAUAAUAUCUCUACAAAUGCACUGUUGAAGUUGUAGUGGGUAAUGGUGGUGUACUGGAGUGUGUUAUUUUGAAAAGCACUUCUGAUAUUUUGCUCCCCUCAUGUUUGUGGACACAGUUUAGGUAGCAUCUUUCAAUAAUGGGUAGGCGAUAAAACGAUAACAAUAUAUAUCGAAAAUUAAUUUCCCUCAAUAUCGAUAUAAAACAUGGUCAAUAUGCUUUUCGAUAGUCAGCAUUCUGCCAUGUUUUGGUAGACUAUACAAAUAGCCAAUGAAAAGGAGAGUUUCUCCUGGUCGUGCCGCGCUGAACCAAUCAUGUGCAGAAUUAGAACCAAGUAGCAAACAACUGUGUAGUAGCAGGCAGCAGCUACAGCCAACCAUAGCACUUUAACAUGUGAAGCUGACAGCACUGUCAGUGAAAAAAGAAGAAAAUGAGUGCUACCCCCGGCACAAAUGCAGAUGAAGGCUCAACAGAUGACACUGUCAACAACACUGGCACGAAGACGUUGGUAGUGUGGCGGUAUUUUGCUUUUUGAGGUCGUACAUGAAGCAGGGUAAUGUGUACUGCAAAUUAUGUCGAGUAUAUGUUAAAUUUCAUUAAAGAGUAACAGAGAAUGUUUAAAAUUGAUAAGUGAUUUUUUUACAUCAUGAUACAUAUUGAUAUCAACUGAUAUGAAAGAAGUAUAUCGUGAUAAACUUUGUCCCUUAUCGCCCAGCCCUACUUGUAAUGUAAGGCACUCCAUUACACUACUACCACCCACCCACCCACCCCAUAUUCAAUAAUAAAUAUAGGGUAGGCUGCAAUAACCUGUCUGAAUCUGAUCAUGAGGUGUUGGAUUGCAUGAUUGUGUUCAUAAUUUUAUGGCUGGUCAGUGUAUUUCAAUAAUUUCAUCCCUUAGACUGGAUUAAGGUCAGGUUUGGACUCUAUGAACACCGGCAUGUCAAAGACCAUGGUCGCCAUAAUGUUACCAUGAACAACUUCGUAAGAAGAAGCUUAGCAUUUGCCAUUGAAAAGUAGGUAAAAACUUUAUAGGUAAACUCAAUCAGCUUGCUAACAUUAGCCUGUAGAGACCAACAGGCAGCUGUUUAACUGGCUGGCGUUGUUUCCACCUCCACCACAAUGUUCGCUUUAUUUUUUGCAGAUAAACAUGAGAGGAGUAACUGUUGAUCGUGCAUAAGUAAUAUGUGAAGGAACAUGUCUGUAUCAGGAGUUGUGUGGUGAAAACAAGCUCCCUACAGUGUGGGUCUGUGACUGGUACAAACGUUGGUGGCUACACUAGCCUGCUAGCUGAAGCCUGGAGCCAGCCAUGACUAGCGUUAGCGAGGAAGCUGGCAGAAGCCUGACAGCACAGCACAAGUCAUUGGCAGUCGUCACGGAUCGACAAAAACUUCACUCUUACCCAGGCUCUGGCCGCUGUAAACGUAGACGUGACACCAGGGAGACAAAAUUCAGCCGGAUGCACCGGGCAAAAGACACGGAAGACGGUGGGAAAGAGCGAGUGCUGUGCUCAGCCUCUGUGGAGGUCUUCACCUGGUGCUUCCAUGUCUGUUUACCAGACUGCAUUCUGGGACAGAGACGUCACUGCGCCUGCCCACACGCACAUUGUAACGACUUAAAGCAGCGUCUCCAUAAGCAGCAGGGUAUUUUUGGUCUGUCAUCAAUAUCAAAGAUAUAAAGUGUAAUAAUAAACUGUUUAGAAAUAUCUUGCAGUGUUCUUCUAAUUCUCGUGCCAAAAGUUUUUGGAAUGGUCUUUUUGAUGGAAUUAUUUGGAAAAUGGUAUCGAUUUACAACAAAAAAUAUUUGAUUAACAAUAAAGUGACUGAGGUCUAUUUCAAAAUGAUUCACUUAAUUUAUCCAACUAACCAAUUGUACAUUUAAUUUUUGACUGUAUGCAUGCUAAAUUUUUCCAGAUUGAGGUUGAAAAUGUAUUUAAAUUGUUGUCUGGGUGUAAGAUAAACCUGCAAAAGAGAAAUAUUAUUUUUUAUUUUGAAAAAAAGAACAUGGACUGAAGUCAUAUUUUUUUGUUAAACCUUUUUACUUUGUAUGGAAGAUUUUAUAUACAUAAAUGUAAGUGGUCUAAAAAGAAACCAAAUAUCCAUCAGUUUAAAAAUGAAAUGAAGAUGUAUUUUAAGACACUAACUGGACUAACGAAUAUGAAAGCGAUUCGAACUUUGACUUUCUACGAAGCCUUGAGGUCCUCUCUAUGAUCUGAACUAAAUGUAUGAUCCCCAUGUCAUAAUUUAUAUUAUGGUCUGUCAUAUCUUCAGUAAAGUACAGAGAUUGUCAGAUAUUUAAAGCUGGGAAACUUUUUGAUGAACACAAUGUUUAUGCAUGAUAUGUUCAUUUAAUAAGAGAUCUACUAAAUAGGUUUCAAAUUGCUGUAGAUUACUGAUGUGUGAUUGUUGCUGUCUUGCCAGAAGAAGAAUUUUCUCUUUUUUUCUCAUUGUAUUUAUCCAGAGACCCAGGGUUUUGAAAAUCACUGAAUGGAACAACAAUUGAGAUGGUGAAAGAAUGAAUUCUUACUUCUUUUUAACUGUAAAAGCCGCAUUAUAUUUAUGGGGAGAGUGGGGUAAGAUGAGCCAUUUUUCAUAUUUGGGAUCACGACAUCAAGGCAAUCAUAGUUUUGUCUCUAAUUAGUGUAUCUGCAUAUAUUUCAAGAUGUUGUGCCUCCCUGCAAACCAACAGAAUGAGUGUUAACAUAACUGUCUUGAUAAUAAAGCAUGCCAAAAAAAAGUGGUCUCCUAUGGUCAACUCACCCCGAGUAUGGGGUAAGUUGACCAUAGGAGCAUGUAAGUUGAGCCGUAUCCCUACUAUCCCCCACUCUCCACCCCAGCCCGCUCUCACCUUCUCUCUCCCUAAAUAACAGUCACUUCUUCACAUUCAUGUGUAUUUUUAUCUAUGAUGUGCUAUUCAACUAAUACAAUAAUUCUUUUUAUUAUUAAUGCAUAUAACUGCUAAGCAGCUGUUUUGUAAAAAGUCGUUUUAACAUGAGAAUGUCUUUAAGUGAUUCAGAACAUUCACAGCUGUAUUCUUGAAAAGAAAAAGUAACACAUUUCAAUAAUCUGAACUGAAACUCUGAUCCUCUCAUCAGACUCCUUUACUUACUCAUUUGAGCCACGGGCCAACUUACCCUAACUUCUAUUGUGACUUUUUUUGUCCUCUAAGCCAAAAUGGUGGACUUUUAUGCUAGGUUUUUAACCUCAUGUUGUAGUUCAUAGAUACCACAAUUGAUGUCUAAAACAAAUUUAAAAUGAUCUUUUUUGGUCUGAACACAAUUCUAACCCCUUCACCCAUGUGCUUCUAACCUUCACAGACUCCAUGAAUUGAUGCCCAUCUCCAAAAUAUUUGGUCACAUGAUCAAUUUCUUUUACCAUUUCCAAGCAACAGGGGGGGGGGGGGGGGGUGGCUCAACUUACCCUUUGGCUCAACUUACCCCACUCUCCCCUAAAUACUACCAUCAGAUAUUUAAAACAUUGAAAUGAAAAUACAAAAUACCAAUGGUUCAGUGAGUUGUAAUGGCUUUAUUUACUUAUUUUACAUCAAGUCAAACUCAAACUCCCAAACCAAUCCAUAAAUCUGUAACACCCCCCUACUGUUGAACAAUAUCAGUCCUACACUCAAUCACUGAAUGUUAGUCGUAAUUAUAAAAUAUUCAACAGCUGAAUGGCAGAAGCAACCAACAGGGAGAAAUAUAGAGUAAAUAAUGAUAUCAUCUGCUGGAUCAGAAUGACUAGGACCCUGGUUUUUUAGUAUUCUGAACCACGUAUCAUUAAUUUUGGUGCAGGUUAAGCAAGGUUCCUCCAACAGAGCCUUGACUAAAACUCUUAUCUCUAUUCCCAUUUUACAUCAUUUUACCACUCUACAUGGCCUUAGUCCC